GAGUGGGUACAUAAGAAGGUAUUCGUUGGUUACAAAUUCAAAUAAUCAUGGAUUGCUUCGAUUGCAACAACUUCCGAUUUUGCAACUCGGAAGAAGCAAAAAAAAACAAAAGAGUGAAGCCACCACGGGAUAUGAUUUUAAUCAUAUGUUAAGUCAAGCAGAUCCGUCCAUUGCUAAUCAGUCGCAAUCCGUGAUCAACAAAAACCAGCCGAUGGUUCCAAAGCCUCUUUCUGUAGUAUCGCGAAUAUUGUCUGUUUCAUUCACAACAAAACGCGCCGCCAACUUUCGAACAGACUGAAAAAAAUCAUCGCCAGCAAACCAAUCAAAGGAGGUGCUUUGCUUUUGUGUUGGCAAGACUGGGGAAACGUCAAAUGCCAGAAAAUAAAUCAAAGGAGGUGAUUUGCCAUUGUGUUGGUAAGACUGGUGUAACGUCAAAUUCACAGCGGUUGCUUGGCUGGCGACGAUUUUGGCGACGGUUUCACCGGCGACGAUUACAAAUCGUCGCGUCCGAUAGGGUGCAAAAUUUACAAUAGUACCCGGCAAGACAUCACAACGACCACUCCAGCAGAAUCCUGUCGAGCAAGAACAGCUGCAGAUCAUCACAUCUGUAAUUCCAGUCGAAUCCAGCAUUCCAGUCGCUUCUUCUAUUACGGCUGCCGAAGUUGGCAACAUGCAACAAGUCAUCGAUCAAUCUGAGGUGUCCCUGCUCAGCGGAUCAGAGGUUGCCGUUUUGUUGGAAAAUGCUCAAGAAAUAGGACAGAACACGCCAGCUUCACAUGAGGAAAUCAGCUACCAUGCUGAAUAUAUGGCUAAUGAAGGACAGCUACCGAUCGGAAACUUGGAAAACAAUAUCAUCCAAGUGAUCUCAGAGAAAAUCGAGAAGGCGAGUGAUUGUAUUAUCCAUGCCAUUACAAGUAAAAUUGAGGCAUCUCUCGCCAAAUCUGUUGCGGCAAUAAAAAGCGACUUUGAUCUGAAGAUGCAAGCAGCCCUGCGUGUCCGACACGAAAAUACGGAAAUGGAUCCGAAAUUCAAAUUUUCGCCGGUAGCAACUGUAGAAGAAAUCAGGCAACUGGAAACGGAUUUGGCUGAUGAAUCCAAUCAGAACAAACUUAUAAAUUACAUGCGGAAAAUCAUUGGCCCGAACGGAGACACUUGUAACGGUCAAAACAUGUCUUACUUACUCGUGGAUUGCUUGUUCGAACGACAAGUUCUGAUUAAUUGCUCCUGGAGUGGAGGAAGCAAAUCGAAUCUUCCAAAAUUUGCAAUGAAAGAUUGCAAAAAUAUAUUGGAUGUGUUCUUUACAAUUGUCCACAACGUAAAUCCUACAUUUUCGGUAAAAUUACUGGAGGACUUUUUCAAACAGAUUUUGCGAAACGCAAAAACUAGCUGUCAAGCAAAGGGAUUGCGACAAUCUACAAUCCAUCGACGGGUAAAAAAAGGAAAAAAGCAUGCUCGAGAUGAAAAUCUUGACUACCGUGAUGAUCAUAUUUCAACACAUGGAUUGAAGCACGAGUCUAUCGACCUUGAUGUUUCCGACAAUCAAGACCAGGAUGAAUCAGAGGUGAACAUUGAUGAUGAAAACGACAAAGAAAACAUCAUGGAAGACGAAGACAGCUUCGAUGAAUGAUUGAUAGCGAUUUUUGAUCUGCGGCUAUUAAUACUUAACUCUAUUUAUGUGACCUAAUCUUCCAUUGUUAUGUGAAUUGACGGGAACAAUUUUUCAUUUAGUUUCUUGUAUUUUUUAUAUCUAUCU